AUGGAGGAUGCCGCCGCCGUGGAAGUUGGCGGUGGUGGCGAGGAGAAGCAGAUUACUGUGUCUCCAGAAAGCAUGGAAAAAGACGACUUGGCGGUGGCUAUAGAAAAUGCUUCCAGGCAGAUAAAGAAAUUUCAGAGGACUGAAUCCGAAAAACUGAAGAGAGAGAUUGCAGUGAAGCCACGGCGCGAGCUCCGGCGAUCGGAUACAGAAAAGUGCCGGUCGAUAAUCAGCUCCGGCGAGCGACAAAUCACGGGGACUACAGCGUUCGAUGGUACCGAGAUUGAUACGCUGAGCAGCGAAGAUUUCAAGCGCACAGUGGAAGCCUUCAUCCAAAGGAGCAAAAAAUUGCCGAAUUAA